UUGUGAGCUGUACAUUCAAGGCACGAUCAGUCCAACUCCGACUAGGACGGAAAUAUGUAGCCUACCAGUUCACGAACAGGACUGUUAAAAAUUAUUUUGAUGAUUCUGUGCUAAUUUGGAGUUAAAGCUAUAUGAUUCCCUUCGCAAAUUUGGCUAAGAACCCAGAAAGAUGCCACAGAAAACACUGGGAUCCAUUAUAGGGCUGCUCUGCACCGGGACCACCAUGGUUCAGGCGAAGGAGUUCUGUUUCGGUGUCAACAAUGAACAAUACAGAUGCGAGAUGGGUUACUGCUGUGGGGAAACGGAGUGCUGUACUUACUACUACGAACUGUGGUGGUUCUGGCUGGUGUGGACCCUUAUCAUCAUGCUCAGCUGCUGCUGUGCAUACCGCCACCGUCGCGUGAAGAUGCGGCUUCAGCAGGAGCAGCGUCAGCGUGAGAUCAGCCUCAUGGCCUACCAGGGGGCCUCCAGCUCCUUCGUCUCCCCACCUCCCCUAAAUCUGCGCUUCUGGAACGACUGCAAGCUGCCAGAUUAUGAGGAGGUGGUUGGCCAUCCUCCGACACCCCCUCCGCCUUACUCAGAGAUGCCCCCAGAGACCUCCCCGCCUGGCCAGGCCGCUGCUUCGGCCUCCGCCGCCAUUGUGCUGGAGCCCCCUAUGGAGCAAGAGCCCGCGCUGUCCAGAGACGAGCAGCACUCUGCAGCAGGAGCCGCAGCCUCGCCUGCCUGUCUGUCCAGUCACCAGCAACAUGGGAUAGAGGCGGCGGCGGCGGCGACAGCGGAGGACGAGGAAGAUGAGGGGCCCGGAGCCCUACCGGAGGACGAAGAGGAGCUGGGGACGAGGCGGAGACAUGUUACAGGCGACUCAGGGAUCGAGGUGUGCGUUUGCCAGAUGGACGUCGACGAAGACUCCGACGGCGAGAGCGGCAACCGCCGCGAGGAGAGGGCCGAGCUCGAGCAGCUGUGCCAGGGAGGCGCCGGGGGCGAGUGCUGCACCGAGAGAGAGCGGGAGGUCGCCGUGCGUCACAAGGAGCACAGCCCCGAGCCCCAGACCCAACCGGCCAGCACCGGGGACAGACUGGUCUGAGACCGUGGCCGCUCGGCUGCGCCCACUUGCCAUACGCACGUUGAAAGAGGACGGUGCUUUUGGCACUAUAGUCAUCGUCGUCAUUGAUGUUGCCGUCAGACUGAAAGCCUGAUGUUAACAUCAAAAGCUGCCUUCCCUAAUGGUCUUUAUUCCUCAAGUCCCUCCAUUGCAAUUAAGCUACAGGUCAGCUUUCUGUAUGUACAAUGGUUAAGGUUCUGGAUGCUGAUGAUGGAACAUGUUUUUGAAGUUGCUUAAUGCACGGUUUAGGGUUAAAGUUGUUCAUUUCCGUGGAUAGCUUAUUUUGUUCUUUUUUUUUUUUUCUUUUUAGUUUGUUUUGUUUGUAUUUUUUGCCAUGGAUGAAUGAACAGGUUGUUCAUUUCUAACGUGUGUACGGCUGGAACUGAAAGGUCAUGGAAGCUCUGUGAAACAGCUGCUAAGUCACAAAGUGGCUGACGGCGGGAGCUUUUUAAAGCGCUGUUCUCUCUCUCUCUCUCUCUCUCUCUCUCUCUCUCGCCGCCCACCCCCAUGCACCCAUGGCACACGUGUGUAGCCCCCGGCGAGGUGUUCCCAUUCAUCCCCCUCCGGUGUGUAAACCACUCGGCCCUCCCAUAUGACACCCAACAGUCCGGGACCUCCACGUUCAGCAGCGGCCCCCUUAAGCACCGCGCCUUGCCGCAUUAGAAGACUACGUCUCCCAGCAGUCCCCUGGGCGUGGUGGGGCUACAAACCCUUUGCUUGUCAUGAUUUUGUAUAUGAUUUUUUGUUUUGUUUUAUUUUCUUUUUUCUUUUUCUUUCUCUACCUUUGUUGGCAUAGCUGACUAAUGUAGGUCACAGCUGCAAAGAGUUAAGAGUUACCUUGCCGCCCAGGGCCCCCACUUCAGUCUCUCCUUCCUUCUGGGGCUGAAGCCUGUGUCCCGGAGGAUGGGAAAUAGAGAAAGGAUAAGAGAUGAUAAGCUGGGGAAGCAUGGUUGGGUUGUGUGGGUGUGUGUGUUUGUGUGUGUUUGUGUGUGUUUGUGUGUGGGUGUGUGUGGGUGUGUGGGUGUAGUGAAGCGGGGCUGGUUGUUUAAAAAAAAAAGAAAAAAAAAUCAAGCUACUGUGCCUUCUAUAUGGCCUUUCAGUCAACCUUCGAUCAGUAGUCGGGGGGGACAUAGGAGGAAAACUUGAUCCAUUUUCUCCAGUCACGUUUGACUUCGCUGGUGUGCUCCGUGACAUUAUCCCCAGUGCUGGGCCUGCUAGUUAGGGUCUAAAAAAAGCCUGUGUGAGUGUAGUGCUGGUGUGCCAGGGUGUUUGUGCACACUAGCUAGUUAUCAAUGACGUCAUGGUGCCCGCCACAAAUGGGGGAGGGGGGUGGGUGGGGAUGGGUUGGUGGCACAUUCCUCUAAGAUGGCCGAUUACGAUCUUUCGCAGUACCGUGAGACUCGCAAGAGCCCUCUAACUUCCUCUGAUGUAAAGCUGAGGGGGAGUGGCACAAAAUGAAUUAGUUGAAGUGUAUCUUUGGAUUUAUCCUCCGUAUAAGUUUCAAAUGGUUUUUGCUUUAGUUCAUAUUGACCUGCUUAACAAAGCUCUCUUUGGAGUUGCUCAGUGUCCCUUUGUGCUUUUGGGGACUUUUUUUUGGCAGAAAUGUAAGACUAAUGUCUUGUUACUGAGUGUGUGGAUAGCUCUGAAUGUGUGUGUGUUUUAUGAAGUGGAGUGCCCUUUGGAUGUGCACCUAACACGCAUGGCUUCGAACCACUACAGCUUUUUUUUUUUUUUUUUUUUUCCUAUAUGUCUAUGGGUGAAGGUAAAAUGCUUUGAUAUCUUACAGGUGUGUUUGUUUUAAGCCGACACACACGCUUGGAAGUCCCAUAGGGCUGGCUUGCUGAAACUAGGCGCUAGGCCUUUAAAACUGACAGACCAACCAACCUGCUUGCGGCCACAGUUGGUUUUGGUAGAAGCGCAACCACCGGAAAGUUAAUUUGUGUUUGUGUUUGUGUGGUUAAGCUGCAUCAGCUUCCCUGUCUUUCUUCAGUCUGCAGCUGUAGCUGCCUCUCUCUGACACGCAGGAGGGCUGAGGUGGCUGGUUGUCUAAAGGGGUUUAUCAUUGAUUGUACACAGAGUUACUCUAUCCUAGCGUUGCCGUUGCCAGUGAGAGGUUUUGUCUAGGGGUGUGCAUGCAUAGGGAUAAUUUAAAAUGACUUGCUCAUAACUUCCCAUGAUUCUGUUCAUUACAGAAUUAACAGAAUGAGGACAUUCAUAUUUGCUAAUGUCUCAAACGGUUGUCUGCUUGUUGUCUAUUUGUGCACACCCCUGGCUUUUGUCACCCCUAUCACCUACACCACUUCAAAGGCUCCUCAAGCCCUCCAGGACUGUCUGUUACUUGUGCGAUGCAAUGCGUAAAAGCGUUGUCAUAGCAAUGGUCCUCCUGUGGUAAAGCAUUUCACCUCUGAGGUCAUGCUCCAUAACAAGCACAAGACUGAUCAGUGCGUCACUGUGUGAGCCGAUGUGCUGUGCUAAACAUACGCGCCACACACAGUACCAGAUGAUAAACUGUCCACCAUCUAAAGAAAAAACUAUGAUGUAGAAGAUGAUCAUCAUAUUUUGACCUUUUUUGUCUGUAUUCAAAAACAGUGAACAGACUUGUAACACACAAGCAAAGAGUCAAGCAGAACCAGCUGCAGGCCACCAUCGAUUACAGAUGUUGUUUGUCACGCCAGAAGCUGCCUUUGCUUGGUACGUCUCCAUAGAGAUGUGCCGACCGCUCCUCUGGGCAAAUGGGUGCAUUGUGACGUGCACUGGUACAAUCAGGAACAAAAUGGCCGUUUGUCGGAGGGCGGCCAUAAGCCAGGGCCUUACGAGAGUGUGAACGUUGCGGUUUAGGCGUCUCUAUCUCGCUCGCUCGUUCUGACAUUUUCCGAAGCACACACUGUGCAUGACCUCCUUUGACAGCAGUUUCAGGAAGCUGUGUGGAGGAUGCGGUGUGGUUUAGGAGCGAAAGAGAAAGAGCACAACGAUUUGCUUGUGCUCUUUAUAGUUUGUAGAUAGCAGUCUUCUCUGAAGUCCCUUUACUCUCCUUGUAUUGUAUGCUCUUAUCGACCCCCUGUUCUCCCAAUGUCCUAAGUAACGCUGUCACGACUCUUCAGUAAAUGAUUUUGAGAGUUUGAGGCACAUGGUGGAACGCAUGUUGUUGUUUUUCGCAGAUAAGGGGAUUGCUAUGUACUUGUCCCUCUCCCUCCCCUUCCCUUCCUCCAGAGUUACUUAUUGGGGAUAUCUGUGAAUAGAUGUAGAAGUGCAUGUUUUUUGUGAGGAAUAGAAAUGAAUGUUUGUUUGUUUUUCCUUGAUCCUCCCUGAAAGUUACUGAAACCUGAUGUAAGCGGCUCAGAUGUUAGGAACAGGGGCUCAAAUGGGCCACUCUCAAUGCUCACUCAUCUUUCUGUGUGAGCAUAUUUUCUGCCAAAAACAAAACUCAAAAAUUGUAGGCCUGACAUGUUUACUUUUCUUUUUUCUCUCUCU